AUGAGUCAUAUCAAAAUUUUCAAACACUUUUCUGAAAAAAAUAGACAAAAAAAAAAAAAAAACUCAGAGGAUUCAUGUUCGGUGCCACUUCAUAAGAAGAGGUUUUGGAGAUAUUUUAAUUUUUUAAUUACAGGAACAAAGGGGAAAAAUAAAAAAAUAAUUACACAUAAUGAAAGUAAUCAAAAAGAAGAAGAAAAAGAAAAAUAUCAUUGUUUUGGAAAUUAUAAUGAUGAUAUUAAUAUGAACGCUUUUAAUCCACUAAUUGAAAAUAAUAGCACUCAUCACAAAUCCAUUAAAAUAGAUGAUAGCAUAAAAGGAGGUAACAUUGAGAAUAUAAAUAAAAAAAAAAAGGUGAAUGAAAAUUUAGUUCCAAAUAGAAAUUUUCAAAUGCAUAAUAAUAAUAAUUCCUUUAUGAAAAGAGGAAAGGCAGGAGGAUGUCGUAACAGCGUAGAAAUGACAAAAUUAUUUACAUUAAAUUAUGAAUACAAUAGCAAAGGAAGAGGAAAUUUAUUUAAUUUUACAUUUUUAAAAAGAAAUCAUUAUAAAAAAGAAAAGAUAGAAUCUAUCAUACAAAUUAAUAACAUACGAAAUCCGAACAUUUCAGUUGAUCCACGAUUGAAAAAUUAUAAAAAAAAAUUGGAUAAAAAGACAUGCACUCGUCCUUAUGGAAAUGGUAAUGUUUGCAAACUCUAUGCCAGCGGUGGAAAUGAUAAAUUUUUGAAAAGUAAUCAUGAGAGAACUGAAGAGAAUCGUAACAACAAAAUGCUUAUAAAUAUUUAUGGGAAUUCCCAUGAAUCAGAGAAAAUAAUGAACCAUCAAAAAUUUACCAUAUACUCUGCUGAGAACAAGGCUGAUGACACAACUCCAAUCAAACCGAAGGUACACAUACUGAAUUAUUGGAAAUUCAAGAGAAAUUUAAGUAAUUCACAUUCCCAAUAUGAAGCACCUCACAUCAGGUUAAACGCAUGUACAUUUUUGCAUAUAUCUUCAUGUACACUUUUGCAUAUAUCUUCGUGUACAUUUUUGCAUAUAUCUUCAUGUACAUUUUUGCAUAUAUCUUCAUGUACACUUUUGCAUAUAUCUUCGUGUACACUUUUGCAUAUAUCUCCUUCUUCAUUUUCAUUCGUAUAUACAUAUUCCCAAUUGCGAAAAAAGGGGAAAAGAAAAUGCAAAGUGUUAACCUGCACACCUAUAUUCUCUCCAUCUCCGUGUGAAUGGGAAAAAUGCCAAAGAAUGGUAUUUACACACAAAGAUGGGAAUUCAUCCAAUCAGAAAGAGAAUGUUGGGAAUAGUGGAAAUAUUGACAAGGUUGAGAAGAUUGAGAAGAUUGAAAAGGUUGAGAAGAUUGAAAAGGUUGAGAAGACUGAAAAGGUUGAAAAGGCUGGGAAGAUUGAGAAGACCGAGCCGAAAAAGAACAUUUUUAAACUGAACGAUGAUUGCCUGCACAUGCAUGAUGAAUAUGAGAAACAUAAGAAAAAUACAUUUCGAAAAUCCUUGUCUCUAUCAUAUGGAAAAAGAAGAGUAAAGAGAAAAGAGUUAAGUCCAGACGAUUUCACUUUUUUAAAAGUAAUUGGACGGGGAUCAUACGGAAAAGUGUUACUUGUAAAAUUUACAGAAAACAGCAAGUUAUAUGCAAUGAAAAUAUUGAGAAAAGAAAAUAUUCUUUCAAAAAAUCAAUUGGAACAUACAAAAAUUGAAAGAAAUGUAUUGAAAUGUGUUUCUCAUCCAUUUAUUGUUAAAUUAUACUAUGCUUUUCAAACAUCAAAUAAAUUAUACUUUAUAUUAGAAUAUUGCCCAGGUGGAGAAUUAUUUUUUCAUUUCUCAAAAUUGAGAGAAUUUACAGAAGAAGUGACCAUUUUUUAUGCAAGUGAAAUUAUAUUAGCCUUACAAUAUUUACACAGUUUAAAUAUUGUAUAUAGAGACUUAAAGCCAGAAAAUGUUUUAUUAGAUGAAUUUGGACAUAUCAGACUAACCGAUUUUGGUUUAUCUAAAGAAGACGUUUCAGAUAACAAUUCAGCUAUGUCUCUCUGUGGAACUCCUGAAUAUUUAGCACCAGAAAUUAUAAGCCAAUGUGGACAUGGAAAAGCUGUGGAUUGGUGGAGUUUAGGUAUCAUGAUAUAUGAAAUGUUAACUGGAAGAUUACCAUUUAAUAGUUCCAGUAGAGUUGUUCUAUUCGAAAAAAUUAAAUACGAAACUUUGAGAUAUCCAGGUUUUUUAAAAGUCGAAGCUAUUGACCUUUUAAAAAAAUUAUUCGAAAAAGAUCCCAGGAAAAGGUUAGGAUCAGGUGUUACGGAUGCAGAAGAAAUUAAAAAUCACCCAUUUUUUAAAAAUGUCAAUUGGGAUGAUGUACUAAACAAAAAGGUAAAACCACCUUUUAAACCACCCUUAUUUAACCAAAUGGAUGUUCAAAAUUUUGACAUGGAAUUCCUGUGUAUGCCUUUGAGAUACUCUGACAAAUUUGACACCAAUCCGCUUUCCUUCAAAUACAAAAAAUCUAACGUAAUUAAGGGUUUCAACUACAGCUUGUAUGAUUAG